GUGGAUACACGAGUAGUCUAGUAUCCGGAGGGAAGAAGCGAAAGGUGGGAGCGCGUAGCUGGGGGUCGCCUGGAGAAGCAGGCAGCUGUGAGGAGCGAAAGACAGGGGAGAAGCACGAGCCGCGGGCAAGAGGGGAACUUUGUGGGGUACCAUGUCGACCGUGGUGGCUCAGUCGCUGCAUGUUUUUGGUCUUCGAUCCCACGUGGCCAACAAUAUCUUCUUCUUCGAUGAACAGAUCAUUAUAUUUCCUUCGGGAAAUCACUGUGUGAAAUACAAUGUGGAUCAGAAGUGGCAAAAAUUCAUUCCAGGCUCAGAGAAGAGUCAGGGCAUGCUGGCCUUGUCCAUCAGUCCCAAUCGGCGAUACCUCGCCAUCUCCGAGACUGUGCAAGAAAAACCCGUCAUCACCAUUUACGAACUGUCAUCCAUCCCUUGCCGGAAGCGCAAAAUCCUUAAUAAUUUUGACUUUCCCGUUCAGAGAUUUAUUAGCAUGGCUUUUUCUCCAGACUCCAAAUACCUGUUGACUCAGACAUCACCUCCAGAAUCAAACCUUGUCUAUUGGCUGUGGGAAAAACAGAAAGUAAUGGCUAUUAUUAGAACCGACUCUCAGAACAAUGCUGUCUACCAGGUGAGCUUCAAUCCUCAGGAUAACACUCAGGUUUGUGUCACUGGAAAUGGGAUGUUUAAGCUCCUCCGUUUUGCUGAGGGAACCCUGAAGCAAACCAAUUUUCAGAGGGGAGAACCCCAAAACUACCUAGCCCACACCUGGGUGUCUGAUGACAAGAUCGUCGUUGGCACUGAUACAGGCAGGCUCUUCCUCUUUGAAUCCGGAGAUCAACGCUGGGAGACAAGUAUAAUGGUCAGGGAGCCCACCAGUGAGACCAAGACCCUGGGGAAGAUCCACGAAUCAGAGAGCCUGAUCGAAUUUCCAACCAUCAGUUCCCCGGUCCCUUCCUAUGAACAGGUCACGUUGGCCAGUAGCCACAGCCAGCUGGCCAUGCCCCAGGUGUUUGCCCUUGCAGCCUAUUCAAAGGGAUUCGCCUGUUCUGCUGGGCCAGGCAGAGUUUUACUGUUUGAGAAGAUGGAAGAGAAGGAUUUUUACCGGGAGAGCAGGGAAAUCCGGAUUCCUCUGGACCCACAGAGCAAUGAGCCAAGUCAGUCUGACAAGCAGGACAUCCUCUGCCUGUGCUUCAGUCCCUCGGAGGAAACCCUGGUUGCCAGCACCAGCAAGAACCAACUCUACAGCAUCACCAUGUCCCUGACAGAGAUCAGCAAGGGGGAGCCCACUCACUUCGAAUACCUGAUGUACCCCUUGCACUCGGCAUCCAUCACCGGUCUAGCUACGUGCAUCCGCAAACCCCUCAUUGCCACCUGUUCUCUGGAUCGAUCCGUUCGCAUCUGGAAUUAUGAAUCAAACACACUGGAGCUAUUUAAGGAAUACCAGGAAGAGGCAUAUACAAUCAGCCUUCACCCGUCUGGACACUUCAUUGUAGUAGGGUUUGCUGACAAACUACGCCUUAUGAAUCUACUCAUUGAUGACAUACGUUCUUUCAAAGAAUAUUCUAUCAGAGGAUGCAGAGAGUGUUCCUUUAGCAAUGGGGGUCACCUGUUUGCUGCAGUCAAUGGAAAUGUGAUUCACAUUUUUACCACCACAAGCCUGGAGAACAUCUCAAACCUGAAAGGACACACAGGGAAGGUUCGUUCAGUUGUGUGGAAUGCGGACGACAGCAAACUGAUUUCUUGCGGCACAGACGGUGCCGUGUAUGAAUGGAAUCUGUCCUCUGGAAAGAGAGAGACAGAGUGCGUGCUGAAGUCCUGCAGCUAUAACUGUGUUACUGUCUCCCCUGAUGCCAAAAUUAUCUUUGCGGUGGGAUCAGACCAGACCCUCAAGGAGAUUGCAGACUCUUCGGUCCUCCGAGAGAUUUCAGCAUUUGAUGUCAUCUACACAGCCAUUGUCAUCUCGCAUUCUGGACGCAUGAUGUUUGUGGGUACCUCGGUGGGGACCAUUCGCACAAUGAAGUACCCACUGCCUUUGCAGAAAGAGUUCAACGAGUACCAGGCCCAUGCAGGUCCUAUCACCAAGAUGUUGCUCACCUUUGAUGACCAAUUCUUGCUGACCGUUGCCGAGGAUGGCUGCCUGUUUACCUGGAAGGUCUUUGAUAAGGAUGGUCGGGGAAUCAAGCGAGAGAGGGAAGUGGGCUUUGCCGAAGAGGUGCUUGUUACUAAAACAGACAUGGAAGAGAAGGCUCAGAUUAUGUUGGAGCUAAAGACUCGUGUGGAAGAAUUAAAAAUGGAAAAUGAGUAUCAGCUUCGACUGAAGGACAUGAACUACUCUGAGAAGAUUAAGGAGCUAACGGAUAAGUUCCUCCAGGAAAUGGAGUCCCUGAAAACAAAAAACCAGGUUUUAAGAACAGAAAAAGAAAAGCAGGAUGUGUCCCAUCGGGAACGCAUUGAGGACCUGCUAGACAAACAGAGCCAAGAACUGCAGGACCUGGAAUGUUGCAACAACCAAAAGUUGCUUCUAGAAUAUGAGAAGUACCAGGAAUUGCAGCUCAAGUCCCAGAGGAUGCAGGAAGAGUAUGAAAAACAGCUUCGGGAUAACGAUGAGACCAAGAGUCAGGCCCUGGAGGAGCUGACUGAGUUUUACGAGGCCAAGCUGCAGGAAAAAACCACCCUUCUGGAAGAGGCACAGGAAGAUGUCAGGCAGCAGCUGCGGGAGUUCGAAGAGACCAAGAAACAGAUUGAAGAGGAUGAAGACCGAGAAAUCCAAGAUAUCAAAACCAAGUACGAGAAAAAGCUUCGGGAUGAGAAGGAAUCAAACCUGCGGCUCAAAGGAGAAACAGGCAUCAUGAGGAAAAAGUUCAGCAGUCUGCAGAAGGAGAUCGAAGAGCGAACCAAUGACAUUGAGAGCCUGAAGGGGGAGCAGGCGAAGCUGCAAGGAGUCAUUAAGUCCCUGGAGAAGGACAUCCUGGGCCUCAAGCGGGAAAUCCAGGAAAGAGACGAGACGAUUCAAGACAAGGAGAAGCGCAUCUAUGAUCUGAAAAAGAAAAACCAAGAACUAGAGAAAUUCAAGUUUGUCCUUGACUACAAAAUAAAGGAUCUGAAGAAGCAAAUAGAACCACGAGAGAAUGAGAUCAAGGUGAUGAAGGAACAGAUUCAGGAGAUGGAAGCAGAACUGGAGCGUUUCCAUAAGCAGAACACGCAGCUGGAGCUGAACAUCACGGAACUGUGGCAGAAACUACGAGCCACUGAUCAGGAGAUGCACAGAGAGAGACAGAAGGAGCGGGACUUGGAGGCGUUGGUCAAACGGUUUAAGACAGACCUUCACAACUGUGUGGCGUACAUCCAGGAACCCCGGCUCCUGAAGGAGAAGGUCCGAGCUCUCUUUGAGAAGUAUGUGCAGCGGGCAGACAUGGUGGAGAUCGCAGGGCUGAACACGGACCUGCAGCAGGAGUAUGCCCGUCAGCGGGAGCACCUGGAGAGAAACCUGGCCACUCUCAAGAAGAAGGUGGUCAAGGACGGUGAACUGCACCGCACUGAUUAUGUCCGCAUCAUGCAGGAAAAUGUCUCCCUGAUCAAGGAGAUUAAUGAGCUCCGCAGGGAGCUGAAGUUCACCCGCUCCCAAGUCUAUGAUCUUGAAGCAGCUCUGAAACUGACCAAGAAACUCCGACCACAAGAUGUUGCAGAGACAGUGCGCAGCGAGGCUAUGCCCGGCAUCGCGCCCACCAUGAGACUGAAUGAGCAAGAAGAAACCGGGAGAAUCAUCGAAAUGCAACGCCUAGAAAUCCAGCGCCUCAGAGACCAGAUCCAAGAGCAAGAGCAGGUGCCGGGCUUCCACCCCCUUGGUGGAAUUCGGCUUCCUUCCCUUGUCCGGUCAGAAGUGGACUCUGAGGUGCAGACCAGCUGACCGCCUCUGGGGAGCCAUCUGCAGGCGCCCCUGCGCCCCCGCCCCCAGGCCAGCUCUGUGCUGUCCCUGCAGACCCUGUGGCCCUGGCCCCGCCAGCCUCUCCUCUUGCCCCAGGGAACUUGAGACAUGGACAGAAUAAAGAUGUUUGCCCACAACCAUGUCCAACUCUCUGUUUAGCCAGGGAGUCAGGGAGGGGUAGGGAAACAGGGGACCCUGACGACUGGGGGGCUCCAGCUCAUCCAAAGCCGUCGCGGCUCGUCCCUGUCCAGGCACAGGGCUGCCUG